AUGCCUCAAACUGUAGGCAAAUACGAUGGUCUAGGCGACCCGGAUGACCAUCUCAAUUUAUUCAAAAGCGCGGGGGAAGUAGCCUGUUGGCCAAUGCCCCUCUGGUGCAAGAUGUUUGUCCAAACGUUGGUAGGCGCGGCCCGGGUCUGGUGGGAUAGUUUGCCCAUUGGGGAAACUGACAGUUUUGAAGACCUAGAGGCUAAGUUCAUCUUGCAAUUCAGCCAACAACGAAGGCACACUAAAGAUCGAAAUGAGCUCCUUCACAUUCGCCGGCGAGACAAUGAAACGGUGGAAAGUUUCAUCGUUAGAUUCAAUAAAGAAAGCCUGACAAUCCUGGGUGUCCCAAACGAUCUAGCGUGUGGAGCUUUCCUACAGGGGGUGAACGAUGACGAGCUACUAAGAACACUUCACGGGAGGGAUGGUGUGCCUCCCACCAUUGACGAAAUCUUGAGGAUAGCCAAGGUAUACGUUAUACAAGAAAAGGCUGUAGCCGCCAGUCACGCGGCCAACAGAAAAAAGGAGGCUCAGAAAAGCCAGGAGGAUAGAGAACAACGGGGUUCUGAAAGCAAAGGUAGAGGAGACCAAUACGAGAAAGGUGAUAGAACGGACUCGCGGUAUGAUAGGUCUAGAAAUACCUACUCAAGGAACGAAUCCUCUAAGCCGCGGUCCGAUUACCCUAACCUGAGCAAGACGCCAGCGGAAAUCCUAACCUCUGAGAACCUCAAGUUUAACCCUCCAAAGCUGCUAAAGGACAAUCCCAACAAAGACACAAGCAAGUACUGUGAAUACCACAAAGGGAGCGGCCACGAUACCAAUGAUUGUUUUCAGUUAAAGAAGCAGAUCGAGUACUUCGUGAAAGCGGGCAAAUUGGCACAUCUGGUGCGAGACAUCAAACAGGGCCCUCCUCCCGUUAAAGAAGAAAAUGACAGGGCGGCGGGGAAAAGGCCGCGGGAGCUAAACAUGGUACACGCGGAUAAGGGAAAAGGGGUCAAACGGAGUUUUUCCACGCUCGAACCCUGGAUGCUGGCAACCAUGACAAUCGAGCCUCGCGUGGAAGAUCUGCAUCUCACUACUGACGCCUCGAUCAUAUCUGCUGCAGUAGGUGAUUACCACAUGAGGAGGAUCCCGGUAGAUACCGGGAGUUCAGAGGAUAUCAUCUACGAGCAUUGCUUCAAUAGAAUGCAACCAGAAAUAGAACUUAUGGGAAAAGGUAACCGGGUGUGCUUGGCUUUAGCACACGAAUCACAAUCAAUAGUUUUAAAAGACACAUUCUUGACAAAAUCAAAACGAGAAAGUUUACCGCUAGAAGCAUGA